AUCGUGGCAUCCCUGGUUUAGGUGUCAAGCCAGAAGGGUGCCGAGCCGCUCACCCUGGCACUGUGCCACCGCUGUGCCACGUCAGCCCAGGUGUGCGGCCACUGGCAGGUGUGGACACGUGUGCAGGUGUGGCAGCAGGAGUCAGCAGGGCCGCCAGGUGUGUAGGGGACCAUUACUCCACGCGCGGCCGCUGGACUCACCUGGGAACUAUUACUCUAUAAAUAUUUACACUUGCAGCGAGGCAUGAUGAGGGUGUUCGGGGUGCUGUGUGUGGUGCUGCUGGGGUGCUGGGGUGCAGCAGAGGUGAGGGCACACACCCAUCACCUCCACAGCACCAAGGAGCGUGAGGCAGAUGGCUCCAGGACGCCCCGGGACCACGUGCAUUUCGAAGGCGGGGAACACCACUCUGAGUUUGACCACGAGGCAAUACUAGGCAGCACCAAGGAGGCCGAGGAGUACGACCAGCUGCCGCCCACCGAGGCCAAGCGGCGGCUGGAGGUGCUGCUGCUCAAGAUGGACAGAAACAACGACAAGAACAUCGACCGCAAGGAACUGCACUCAUGGAUCCUGCGCUCCUUCAGGAUGUUGUCCGAGGAGGAGAGUGCCGAGCGGAUGGACGAGGUGGAUGAGGACGAGGACGGAUACGUGACCUGGGCGGAGUACAUCCUGGAGACCUACGGCAUCAACAACCCCGAUGACCAGAAGCUGCUGGAGAAGGAGGACCAGGCGGAGGAGCAAAGGCUUCUACGCGAGGACCGUCAGCUGUUCAACGCGGCGGACAAGAACAUUGACGGGCGGCUUGACGAGGAGGAGUUCCUUGCGUUCUCCCACCCCGAGGAGCACCCUGACAUGCUGCCGGUCAUCCUGGAGCAGACCCUAGAGGAGAAGGACACCAAUAAGGACGGCAACAUUGACUUCCAGGAGUACAUCGGCGACAAGGAGUUUAUGGAGGAGUAUGAGUCGGCCCCUGAGCGUCGCGAGGUGGUCAAGAAACACCACAUGAGGUUCUCUGUGCUGGACGUGGAUGGGUCAGGAGUGUUGGAGGGGCAGGAGGUGGCCGGCGUGGCUUAUGUGGACAAGGACAUAGCGGAGGACGAGGUUGACCAUCUGUUCGGCGCGGCGGACGAUGACGGCAAUGAUAUCCUGUCCUUCCUGGAGGUGCUGGAGCAUCACGAUGUCUUUGUGGGCUCAGAGGCCACGGACUACGGAGACCACCUGCACAACCUGGACCGCUUCGAGGACGAGUUGUGAGGAGUGGUGGUGUCAGUGGUGAUGACGGUGGUGGUGUUGGGAGGUGGUGGUGGGAGCUCUCCCAUCAUGGCAGUCAGAUCUGUUUCUCCCUCUGGCGUGUUGGUCUGGAGUCCUGGUGGUGGUGGUGGUGUUGGAAGCUCUCCCAUCAUGGCAGUCAGAUCCGUUUCUCCCUCUGGUGUGUUGGUCUGGAGUCCUGGUGGUGGUGGUGGUGGUGUUGCAAGCCCUCACCUCCGGCUGCUCCCCUCCCCUCCAGAGCUGUCAGUCACCAAGGGCCAGUUUGUACACUCCCUUCCCUCUCCUCACAUCAGUUCCCCUUACCCCACUGCAUUACAAAGUCCUUUUCCAGCAUUUAAUGUAUAGAUAAAUUAUUUUUAUGUAGUAUUCUUUUAGUAAUGGCCUCCUCCCUGAUGCUGGAAAGCCCUGUCUUACAAGGCUUGGCAGUUGUGAGAGUGUGAACCAGGCUGGGUAGGCUGGUCAUGAGGAGGAGCUUGCACAGUACACAGCAGGGCAGGUCAGGGACUCACUCUGUACAUCUCCUCUCACAGCCAGUCCUUGGAGGGGCCUGUGGGCAUUGCUGGGGCAGAAGGCUUGCCAUGCCCUCCUUCUCCUACCCUUCAUUUUGGUGUAGUCCAGUUCUCCCCCUUCUUCCCUCCCUCAAGUCCCCUCCCUGCCUCAUCACCAGGUAGUGUGUCUGCAGAGGCUGCCUCCCGGACCAUCCACCAGUGUGUUCUUGUGAUAGGGCAUUGCAGGCGACCCUCUGUUUAGCGCCAAGCAGCUACCACCAAAGAAAUUCAAGCAAAAUCAGACUUAGCAAUUUGCAACUGUUGGGACUUUGUGUGUGUGCAUGAAGGGGUUAGUUGAAGGCCAUGUUACAGGAAAUCCUUCAAAACAUGCGCUAAAUGGAGGGUCUGCUGUACCUGGUUUUGUAGUGUUCACCUUUUUCUAGUGUGGAGGUGUAGGUUCCAAUGUUCUAAGAGUGGUUUUAAAACUUGCCAGGCUGACCUUGUAUAAAUAACUUAAUACCACACUGAUUUUGAGGACAGAUUCAAGAACAGAGACUAAGAGAGAUGUAUUUAUAAGCCUGUGUUGUUAAACGUAUCAGGACCUCAUGAUGACUAUUUGAAAAGCCUUAUAGAAGUUGUUGCUGGGCUUUCAUGGACCGUUUUGUGACGCUGGUGAUAGUUUGACCCGACUCCUGCACCUUGAAUGGGAAAACCAACCAUGAAAACCUGGUUAAUCUUCUCUGUGGCCUUGGGAAAUGGUCAUAGUGGGAGCCUGACAUGUUAAAGACUACAGACAUGAGUGUUAUAAGCUGACCUUGUGUGAAUAAGUUAAAUACCACACUGAUUUUGAGGACAGAUUCAAGAACAGAGACUAAGAGAGAUGUAUUUAUAAGCCUGUGUUGUUAAACGUAUCAGGACCUCAUGAUGACUACGUGAAGAGCCUCAUAGAAGUUGUUGCUGGGCUUUCAUGGACUGUUUUGUGACGCUGGUGAUAGUUUGACCAACCAUGAAAACCAGGUUAAUCUUCUCUGUGGCCUUGGGAAAUGGUCGUAGUGGGAGCCAGACAUGUUUAAAAAUACAGACAUGAGUGUUAUAAGCUGACCUUGUGUGAAUAAGUUAAUACCACACUGAUUUGAGGACAGAUGCAGGAACGGAAGCUAUGUGCCGUUGGCUUAAACUGAACCCAUGUAUAUACACUAAAAUGCUUUAAUAACUUGACCAAAAGAAUGUUUAGACAAAGACUUAAGUUCAGAGAGGGUGUGUGAAGGGCUGUAAAUGCUCAUGGAAAAGUGUAGAUUAAGUUAUGCCCCUUCCAUAAACUUCCUCUAGAAAUUAAAAAAAGAUAAAAACCUGCAUAAUAUUUGACUUUUCUAUGAGUAUAUGUGUAUAGCAAGUGUCCUGAGCUCACUAUGGCCACUUCUCCUUAUCAUUAUUUCUUUCCUCUUUGUUUAUAUGAAAAAAAUGACACACACUUGCUCUAGAAAUGAAAAAAAGGCCUCCUAAUACUUGACUUUUCCACGAGUAUAUAUGUAAGGCAAGUGUCCUGAGCUCUCUAUGGCCCCUUCUCCUUAUCAUUAUUUCUUUUCUCUUUGUUUAUAUGAAAAAAAUGACACAUACUUGCUCUAGAAAUGAAAAAAAGGCCUCCUAAUACUUGACUGUUCCAUGAGUAUAUAUGUAAGGCAAGUGUCCUGAGCUCUCUAUGGCCACUUCUCCUUCUUUCCUCUUUCUUCUUCGUUCAUAAAGAAAAAAAUAUGUAUAAACCUGCUCUGGAAAAAUGAAAAAAAAAUCCUAAUUCUUGACUUUUCCAUGAGUAUAUAUGUAUAGCAAGUGUUCUGAGCUCUCUAUGGCCACUUCUUCUUUCUUUUUCGUUCAUAAAGAAAAAAAAAAUAUAUAUAAACUUGCUCAGGAAAUUAAAAACCCUCGUAAUAUUUGACUUUUCCAAGAGAUACAUAUAUGGCGGAGCCCCUGAGCUCUCUACGGCCCCUUACACAGUGCCACAAAGCCCUCCAGAGUGCCAGUGCCAGCCUUUAACAUCACAGAAAGGCUAAAACAUAUAUAGUCUUGCAUGUCACAGUAGGAGCUCUUCAUAUGGCCAACACAGCAGGUCUCCAAGGUCAUUCUUCACAGAGAGGCUCCUAGGUUAUUCUUCAGAGGGUCUCCUAGGUCAUUCUUCACAGAAACGCUCCUAGGUCAUUCUUCACUGAGAGGUUCCUAGGUCAUUCUUCACAGAGGGGCUCCUAGGUCAUUCUUAACAGAGGGGCUCCUAGGUCAUUCUUCACAGAAACGCUCCUUGGUCAUUCUUCACAGAGAGGUUCCUAGGUCAUUCUUAACAGAGGGGCUCCUAGGUCAUUCUUAACAGAGGGGCUCCUAGGUCAUUCUUAACAGAGGGGCUCCUAGGUCAUUCUUAACAGAGAGGCUCCUAGGUCAUUCUUAACAGAGGGGCUCCUAGGUCAUUCUUAACAGAGGGGCUCCUAGGUCAUUCUUAACAGAGGGGCUCCUAGGUCAUUCUUAACAGAGGGGCUCCUAGGUCAUUCUUAACAGAGGGGCUCCUAGGUCAUUCUUAACAGAGGGGCUCCUAGGUCAUUCUUAACAGAGGGGCUCCUAGGUCAUUCUUAACAGAGGGGCUCCUAGGUCAUUCUUAACAGAGGGGCUCCUAGGUCAUUCUUAACAGAGGGGCUCCUAGGUCAUUCUUGUUUCCAAUACUGGGUGCAGAAUCAUUAGCUGGUAAUGUUGUGUCUGCCCUCACUAAGCCAGGAUUGAUAUUAUUAGUUGCUGUUACUAUGUUAAGAAGUGAUCUGUAUGUGUGUUGAAUACAAUCAUAGUACAUUUGUAA